UCCGCACGUACCCCCGAUCGCGCAGCAUAUUCACGCCUACUCUUGCUCAUAUAGCCUAUACAACCGCCCAAAAUGGCAAAGAAGGCUGGCAUGGCCAACCGGCGUGGGCUCUUCUGGAAGAAAAACUGUCGCACUGCUUCCACCCUCAUCCAGAUUCAGAAUCCCUUCCAAUGGAGUAUCAACGCGAAGCUAAAUCAUCUCAAUUUGAAUUGUCUAGCCAAAUCCCGUACCAUCACCGUCCGUCUCAUCUCCAUGGCCAUGACCGGCUUCUAUCGCACCAUGAUCCGGCCCCGUACGCACCGCCCGCUCAGCAUGAUGAAGUACGAUCCAGUCGUGAAGAAGCAGGUGCUCUUCCUCGAGGCCACCAAGGGUGGAAAGGCCCGAUAA